UUGAAAUAUUUCAAUUACAGUCUUUUCAAAGGGCGGCUUUUCCCCCAUUAAACCCUAAAAUAUUUGAUCUUUUGAGUGACGUCAUUACCCGACGCAACAAGCGCUGGUGAUUCCGAGGAUAUGGGUGGCUGCAGGCUGCAGUGGUGUAAAGUAACAUGACUUGCGGGUAAACAGGUUUUGACGAGCGUCCAUCGAUGUGUUGCUGUUGCCUAACAUUGUGACACCAGGGGCAUUUUCAUUUGACUUACAAGUUUAUGCAAGGUGGCAAGUUGGCAGUGAUGAGCCAGAGAACGAUUUUGGUAGUGACACUUGUCGCAUAUCUGGCAAUUGUCACAAACAGUCAGCUGACAGGAUGUGUGGGGGAUGUCGUUUUAGUCGUGGAUACAUCAGCAAGUGUUGGCGCUACAAACUUCAACAAUAUGAAGAACGGCGUUGAACUAUUCAUCAACGACAGCUUCGCAAACUAUCCAAAUGUUCGAGUUGGCUACGUCAUGUAUGGCACAUCGGUAACACAAUCAGUAGGUCUCAAUGGUCAAGCUAACCAGGCGAGUUUACUCAACCAACUACGCAGCGCCACAUACCCUUUUAAUGCUCAGGAGAACACACACCUUGGCAUCAACCAGGCCGCAAACAUCCUGAACACCCAAGCUCGAAGUGGAUCACCAAAGCUCAUGAUUGUCAUAACAGACAGUCUCUCUGACAAUCAGGCAGCCACCAUCACUGCUGCCGCCAAUGCAAGGGCCGCAGGCAUCACUAUAUAUGUUAUUGGAAUAGAAGCCUCUGUGACCGGCAGUGCCAGUUUGCUUGAUAAUUUCCGCCAGGAGCUCCAACAGAUUGCCUCAGUUCCAAGCAUUGUAACCCGGAUUUCUGACUACAGUCUUCUUACUAAUUCGCUGGGAAACUUGCCAAACGCCAUAUGCGCAGUUCAAAUCAUCAGCAACAUGGUAAGCCAGACAGUGUUCACAAGUCAAACCAUCAUCCUCUCAGUGUCCUUGAAUCAGAACGGCAUCACCGGUGGAGUCUGGGCGAAAAAUGGAGGGGCUCUUCCCAAUGACGGCCGCAUUUCUGUUUCCGUGGAUAACCAGUUUCAGCGUCUAACAAUUGUCAAUGCCCAACAGAGUGACGCAGCAACAUACUCCUUCGCCAUUGCUGGACAGUCGAGGUCUGCAACUGUCAGUGUUACAGCUGGAAUCAUCCAAUGGACCGUACGUCAGACCAGGACUAUUGGUAGUACUGUAACCCUUACGGUGAAUUUAUUAAACGGCAAUUGUAACCAAGGAACAUGGACACAGAAUUUCGUUACAUUUACCCUCGGAGUAGCGAGAAGCUACAGCACAAGCAAUAACUGCCGUACACACACCCUGACUAUCACCAACGUCCAACUAUCUGACCAGGGAACAUACCGAUUCACCUACAAUACACAACAGGUUUCGUCUGAGCUCACUGUUUCAACGAGUUCUGCACCGGUCAAUGGUGGAUUCAACGAGUGGACAGCAUGGAGCCAACCCCAAUGCAGUGUAACAUGCGGCACCGGAGCUACAAAAACUGUCUUCAGAUCUAGGACAUGUGACAACCCUGAACCAGUGAAUGGUGGUGCUAACUGCACCGGUCAGUUCACGGAGUUGGCGCUGACCAACUGUGGCUUGGUUGGAUGUCCAGUAAAUGGUGGCGUGACGGAGUGGACAACUUGGAACUCGGGAUCAGUGACGUGCCCUCAGACUUGUGGAACAACAGCACAGAAAAUUACAGAGAGGCGGCGUACCUGUACCAAUCCAACACCUGUGAAUGGAGGAACAUUUUGUGGCGAGACGCUGCUGGAAACACGAACUGAGUCUUGCGGAUUAACAAACGCCUGUCCAACUGUGGUCAAUGGCGGUGUGUCUCAGUGGGGCGUUUGGACCAACCCAACUUGUAGUGUGACAUGUGGCACCUCUGCCACCAAAGUGAUCCAGAGGUUCAGGACCUGCACCAACCCACCUCCUUCACCUGGAGGUGCUAACUGUGUCGACAACUUGGUGGAGAGUGCGGUGGUCAACUGUGCUUUGACUGGUUGUCCAGUUAACGGAGGACUUUCCCAGUGGAGCGAAUGGAACAGUGCCACAGCGCCUUGUCCGCUUACGUGUGGCUUUACCGCCACUAAAAUAGUCAACAGAUUACGUCAGUGUAACAACCCCAUCCCCGUCUUUGGUGGCCUGACUUGUCCGGAAAGCCUCAUUGAGAGCAAGACCGUCACCUGUGGACUCCCAAACUGCGCUACUGCAGUGAAUGGUGGAGUUGGACAAUGGGCAUCAUGGAACACAGCAUCGGUGGCCUGUCCAGUCACCUGCGGGGUCUCUGCAGUGAAGACGAUCACCAGAACAAGACAAUGCAAUAAUCCUCCUCCAAGCAAUGGUGGCAGACAAUGCCUGGAGAAUUUAUCUGAGUCCACUCAAGUAAACUGUGGCCUUAUCGGGUGCCCAGUCGAUGGCGGAGUCUCCCAGUGGGAGUCCUGGAAUACCAACACUGUGCAGUGCCCGGUUACAUGUGGUUUGACUGCGACUAAGACUAUUGAACGUAUUAGACGGUGUAACAACCCUCCUCCAUCUAAUGGUGGCGCAUCCUGCACACAGGGCCUUGUACAGACGUCCACGGUAUCCUGUAAUACGCCAGCAUGUGCAGUUGUUGUAAACGGCGGCGUGUCUCAGUGGGGAGCCUGGAGCGACACAGCCUGUGCUGUCACAUGCGGAGAAGCUACUAAAGUCAUCAGAAGAACAAGAACGUGUACUAAUCCACCACCAUCAAACGGAGGACAGUUUUGUGUGGAAAAUCUGUCUCAAUCAGCACAAGUUUCCUGCGGUUUAGUUGGAUGUCCAGUGAAUGGAGGGGUAGGCCAGUGGGGUCAGUGGAGCGCGGCGACCUGCACCGUUUCGUGUGGGUCUACGGCCACCUACCAGGCUUCAAGAACAAGGCCAUGCAACAACCCCAUCCCAGCAAAUGGAGGAAGCUUUUGUACCCAACCUAUUUCUGAAACCACAUUCCUGUCAUGUGGCCUUCCUGCUUGUCCAGUUGCUGUCGAUGGAGGGGUAUCGCAAUGGAGCCAGUUUUCUAACCCAAGCUGUUCUGUGACAUGUGGAUCUACUGCUUCCAAGUUUAUAACCAGAACCAGACUGUGUAAUAACCCACCACCCAGCAACGGGGGAAGAGAUUGCUUAACAAUAGGCCUCCCACUCACCCAAACUAAUGAAGUUAACUGUGGACUCGUUGACUGUCCAGUGGCUGGUGGUGUGUCUCAGUGGGGACAGUGGUCGAUCCCUGCCUGUACCGUCACCUGUGGUGUGUCAGCCGUCAGAGUAAUCACCAGAACCAGAGGCUGUACCAACCCACCACCGAGCAAUGGCGGAGCCUUCUGUACCGAGUCCUUAAGCAAUACAGCAUUGCGAAGUUGUGGCCUUGGAGCUUGUCCCGGGCCAGUGAAUGGAGGACUCUCUCAGUGGACACCGUGGAGUGUUGUGCCUUGUACCAGAUCAUGCGGAACAUUCAACACUCUGGCCACACGUGUACGGAAAUGUAACAGUCCCGCUCCAAGUAAUGGCGGAGCGGAUUGUGUAGGAGACACAUUCCAGACACAAACUAGGUCUUGUGGACUGCCAAUUUGCGCAGUGCCAGUGAAUGGAGGACUCUCUCAGUGGACACAGUGGAGUAUUGUGCCUUGUACCCGAACAUGCGGGUUAUUCAACACACUGGCCACACGGGUACGGCAAUGUAACAGUCCCGCUCCAAGUAAUGGCGGAGCGGAUUGUGUAGGAGACACAUUCCAGUCACAAACUAGGUCUUGUGGACUGCCAAUUUGCGCAGUUGAUGGUGGGUUUACCCAGUGGACUCAGUGGUCAGGUCUAACGUGUACAAGAACGUGUGGACUUUCCGAAAGUGGAACUGUAGUCAGAACCAGGUCCUGCACCAACCCAGCCCCUCAGAAUGGCGAAAACAACUGUACCGGAUCAACGUUUGAAGCCCAAAACAGGAAUUGUGGAUUUUCGCCGUGUCCAACGGAUAGCGGAUUAUCACUGUGGACACAAUGGAGCAUCCCAUCUUGCUCUGUCACCUGUGGAACGACAGCUUCCCGAGUUGUUACUCGAACCAGGAGCUGCACCAAUCCUGCCCCUAGUGAUGGGGGUAGAGACUGUACUGGUCUCGGAGCCACAUUUGACAGCGAAACGAGAAACUGCAAUCUCAGUCCCUGUCCAAUUGAUGGUGGAGUGACACAAUGGGCACAGUGGAGCGACCCCGGCUGUUCUGUUACUUGUGGAACCUCUGCAACUAAGACAUUGGCGAGAGCGAGAACUUGUUCAAAUCCUACUCCACAGUUCGGAGGAAGGGUCUGCACAGAGACCCUUAGUGAAAACACCGUACGAAAUUGUGGUCUUCAGUCCUGCGCAGGUGAGGACGGGUUGACACCAUGGACUGAGUGGGCGGGUGAACCGUGUGUGUUGACAGUCAGCAGAACAAGGACCUGUACCAGACCAACUCCCACCACAGGAGGUCAAGGUUGUUCUAGGGAUCUUGUCCAGACCACAACUCGCAGGUGCAGUCCAACUGACUGUAAAACAAUAUCACGACAGGGGACACCACAACGGGGCUUCCCACACAUAAGAAAUCAAGACCGGGCCUUCGGCGUGAUGAACUAGGCUACCUCACCGCCCCAAGUAUCUUCAAAUUCAAGUAACAUAUGGAUUUAUAGCUGGAAUCGACGCAUGGACAUGAAUCGUCAAGCCAGGACUAUUGGCGUGACUGCGACCCUCACGGUGAAUUUGUUAAAUGGAAAUUGUAACCAAGGAACCUGUACACUGUAUUUUAGAAGAAUAAGCUACUCCAAAACCAAAAACUGUCGUACGCACAUCCUUACUAUCACCAUGGAUCUCACCAGGGAACAUAGCGAUUCACCUUCAAUACACGAAAGGUUUCGUUUGUGCUUACUGUUACAACUAAGAGGUAUCAGCUAUUUAACGUUAUGUUAUUGACUAUUAACACCUACGCAUUACAUUCAUACAAGUACAUACCACUGUAACAUUAACAAUGAAAGAAAAGAAUAGGAACCAUUUGGAGCGACAGCGACACAUGCAUAUUAAAGUUAGGAUAAGACAUUAUCGUAAUUAUUCUUUCUGACAUUCAUCACAGUAUCCAAGUGUUAUUUGUGUGUAUAUUUUACGCCACUUCUAGCAAUAUAACAGUACAAGUCACGGCGAGGUGAUCAAGCAAAGACUGCAUGCAUCAUUCCAAUUUAAGGAAUCAGGCCGGUUUCAAGUUAUCUCAAGGAUAACGGGCCAGAAUUUUUACUAUUUAGCUGAUCUCCCAGCACUCAAAAUUUUUGUUUUUUUCUAAGACGACGACAUGUUCUUUCUAGCGAGGUCUGCACCGGUCAAUGGUUGAUUCAGCGAGUUGACAGCAUGGAGGGUAACAUGUGGCACCAGAGCCACAAAAACUGUCACCACAUCUGAGACAUGUGACAGUCCUGGGCGCUGAAUGGUGGUGUUAACUGCAAUGGACAGUUCACAGUGAAGUCUUUGAAAGACAUUUAGACGUGGAACAUAUAAGGAAGAGAAUUUUAUGGAUGUCAACUUCUUUAUUAUGAGGAACACAACGUUUCGGAGUAUAUGCUUACUCCUACAUCAGUAAAUAGUGGCGUGAAGUAGUGGACAACUUGGAACUCGGGAUUCGUGACUUGCCCUAAGACUUGUGGAACAACAGUACAGAAAAUUACAGAGAGGCGCCGUCAUUGUACCACUCCAACAUCUGUGAAUGGAGGAAUAUUUUCUAGCGAGACGCUGCUAGAAACACGAACCAAGUCUUGUAUAUAGACAAACGAAUGACCACUGAAUGGUGGAGUUGAUUCAUGGCCAACGUGGAACACAGCGUCGGUUACCUGCCUUGUCACAUGUGGUGGUCACUGCAACAAAGACGAUCACCAGAACAACACAAUGUGAUCGUCCUUCAUAAAGCAAUGUUGGCAGACAAUGUAUGGAGACAACUGAAGUAAACUGUGGUCUUAUCGGUGUGCCAAUUACUGUCAAUGGAGGUGUGUCGCAAUGGAGCCAGUUGUCUAACCCAAGCUGUUUUGACACCUUUGGAUCUACUGCUACCAAGUUUAUAACCAGAACCAGACUGUGUAAUAACCCACCACCCAGCAAUGGGGGCAGAGACAGCUCAACAAUAGGCCUCCCACUCGCCAAAACUAAUGAAGUUAACUGUGGACUUGUUGACUGUCCAGUGGCUGGUGGUGUGUCUCAGUUUUGACAGUGGUCGAUCCCUGUCUGUACCGUUACCUGGUUUGUGUCAGCAGUCGAAACGAUCUCCAGAUCCUGUACCAACCCAUCACCGAGCAAAGGCGGACACUUCUCUACCGAAUACCGUACAUCGUGGAUAAGUUACAGCAAGCUGUAUACAGAUUAUGGAUUUCCUUUCUGGAAUGUGAAUUGAAAAAAGUGCUGAAAAUACGAUAUCGCAUUGGUUCCACAUCCCUGACUGUUAUCUAUAAGAAAGAUACACAUAUAUAUAAUAGCAAUGAUGGCAUAGGGUGCAACAGGUCAGCAUUUGAUAAUCAAAAGGUAUUCACGGCAAACUUGAAGAGAAACUUUAUUUCAAGAUGGCGGCAACCAAUGGAGAUAUCUAAAAUCGAUUAGAAACUUUUAAUGAAGGAAGUAUUGAGACAAUGUGUGCGUUUCUGUAAGUUAGUGCAGCUGCCAGAUUCAGAGGAUCUGCUGUCGAAGGUGUCUACCCUACAAAAACGUCAAAUGUUGUUGAAACGUUUUGGGCGAGAUACGCGCACCUUUUCACGAACACACGGAAUCAUCAAUAUCUGAUAGUGAUUCAUAAACACAUGCUCAAUGUAUAGUCGGAAUCGUACAAUAGACUCAUGACUCCAUGAAUAUGGAAAGGGUUUUGCCGCUUUUAUUCCUAAAGCGAGUCCAAAUCUUUCAGCCGCUUCGACGCUGUCUUUUCUAUAAGAUCACCUGAGUAUAAAAAGCAUGUAUUAAAGUGAGAUUUGUUUUAUAUCUUAUAGCAGGUGUUGUUAAUAUAUAAUAUGUCCUAUUAUUAUAUUUUAUAUCAUUAGACAAGAAGAAGGCACCCCCUUGAUCACCAAUUGUAAUCCCUUUCUUGCGGAUAUGUUUCUUUAUUCAUAUCAAUAGGAAUUUCUACUCGGAAUUGCAAAGUCAAAACAAAGUAAUUUGACCAAGAAGUUGAUCUUAAUCUCAUAUAUAUGGAUGAUCUGAUAUCGUUCAAGACCAUCAAAAUAGUUCAUUUCCUUCCAUUUACAGUCCGUUUGAUUCCAUCUGAGACCGAUGAAUUGCUCACUAACUCAAAAUCUAAUAAUUGCAACAAAACCAAAAUGUGCACAGCGACAUGAAUUGGACAGACCGACUCUGAUGGUUUGUCUCAUAAUUUUGGACACCCGAAUAAAAAAAUUGUUUAACAAACGAUCAUCAUCUUGUUGACAUUUUUCGCCAUCCGUUACGAGGGAGGACCAGUCGCUCAUAGAACAGCAAGGUAAUGAACAAGCAUGUGCACCGUAUAUGGGGGUCAUCUCAAAAGCCGUUUUGGGUGUUCAAUCGGAGUCACUGUUGCAGGUUUCUGAAGCCGUGACAGUGCAUUCGGAAUCGGUGUCGCUGUUGUCCGAACCGCUAUCGCCGCUGUCCGAGUCUACCCUGAUGAUCACCGGCUUGAUUAGGGUAUGGCCCAAUCCACUAAGAUCUCAAUAAUGUCUCUCUAUUUCAUUCUCAACUUUCUCAACACACUUUCGCCACGUUUCCUGCGUGAUGGUGUCUAUUGAUUGUUGAACCAGUUUCUGUACAUCCCGCAGUUUGAAUGUUGUAUUUUGCCUGGCAACAUCCGAUUUAAUGAUACCCCAAAUUAGUUCUAUUGGGUUUAUAUCGCAAUGAUAGGGCGGCAAUCGCAAAACUGAAUGGCAAUGUUCUUUAAGAUACUCGUAAACAUUAAAGACAAGUGUGGUUUUAUUAGACUUAAAAGUAUCAUUCAUAACAGGUUUCGUUGCUUUUUGUGGAUAUUUUAUUGCUUUGUGUGUCAACCAUUCUAUCAUAUCGCCCUUCCUACUGUUAAACGUUGGGGCUUUUGUGUUAGGUACCUGAACGCCAUGAUAUGGAGCAUUGUCCAUGACAACCAGACUCUUGGGGGGCAAUACCGGUACCAGUUGAGUUUUAACCCAUUCUAGGAUUUCCGCUCCGUUCAUUUCGGUAUGAUAGUCUCGGUUGUCCUUGGAUGUUGUCUUGAAGACUAGCCUGGUAGGAAUCCGGGAUGGCUAAAAAUGUCAACAAGAUGAUGAUCGUUUGUUAAACCCUUUUUUUAUUCGGGUGUCCAAAAUUAUGAGACAAACCAUCAGAGUUGGUCUGUCCAAUUCAUGUCGCUGUGCACAUUUUGGUUUUGUUGCAAUAAUUAGAUUUUGAGUUAGUGAGCAAUUCAUCGGUCUCAGAUGGAAUAAAACGGACUGUACUUACCCACCUGAAUAAGAAAUAAAUGAGACCAGUGAGACUGCCUAGCCGGAUCUGUUUCAUAUUUGCAAACACAAUAGAGUGUUAAUAUUUUAUUAAAAAAUGAUUUAAAAAAUAAUUAUUUUUUUAAUUUACGUACUGCUGAGGUCUUAUUUCACACCUGAA